AUGUUAGAUUCCAUCCCUGUAACCAAAGCACCUGGGUUAGAUGGCUUUAAUAGUCAGUUCUUCAAGUCAGCUUGGCCCAUUAUCAAGGAUGAGUUCUGUCUUGCUAUCAAAGAUUUCUUCACCACUGGGAAAUUACUGAAAGAAAUCAAUGUUACCUCAAUUUCUCUGGUGCCUAAGCUUCAUGUUCCUGCUUCAGGUGCCUUUGUGGCUGGUAGAUCCAUUCUUCACAGUGUUCUCUUGUGCCAAGACAUUAUCAAAUUGUAUAAUAGGGGUAUGGCUAAACCUGCUUGGUUUAUGAAGCUGGACUUGAGGAAGGCCUAUGAUACAGUAGAGUGGAGCUUUAUUGAGGAGAUAAUGGUUGAGUUGGGUUUUCCUGCUCACUUUAUUCAGUUGGUUAUGACUUGCCUAUCUACCACUCAGUACUCUAUUCUUAUCAAUGGGGUUCCUCCUCCCAUUAUUCACCCAAAGAGGGGGUUGAGAUGCAGAUCAAUAUCUCUAAACCACCUAGUUUUUGCUGAUGAACUAUUAUUGUUCUGCAAUGGUGAUACUACCUCUGUGAAACUCCUGCUUGAGGGCUUAAAUUUAUUCUCUACCACUACUAGGUUACAGGUUAACCCUGGUAAAUCCUCCAUCUACAGUUGUGGGCUUGAUCAACACACUAAGGAGGAAAUUGCUUCCUUUUCUGAUUUUAACUUUGGUAAGCUUCCUUUCAAGUACCUUGGAGUGCCCAUCAGUACUGGAAAGAUUAAGGCUGGUGACUGUAGUUUGUUGGUGGAAAAAAUGGUUGCAAAAACUAAGGUGUGGAGCUCAAGAUAUCUGUCAUUUGCAGGAAGAAUGCAUCUCAUUAAUUCUGUCCUAAUGAGUAUUAGUGUGUAUUGGGGGCAAGCAGCUGUGGGAAAGUUGGCUUGGGCUAUAGAACAAAAGCAAGAUAAUCUGUGGGUGAAGUGGAUGCAUACAGUUUACAUCAAAAAUAAGAACUGGCUGCAAUAUCAGGCUCCUCAGGCAGCCAGUUGGGCUGUAAAAUGCAUUUGCAAAGCUAAGCAGGCAUGUUGUGAUACCUUGGGAUCCUCUUCUUGGCUUACAAAGAGAAAAUUCUCUAUUAAGGAGGUGUACAAUCUGCUCAAGAACCAAACAGGGAAGACUCAGUGGGCAAGAUAUGUUUGGAAUAGGCUUACCAUUCCUAAAUACAGGUUUACUUUAUGGGUGUUGCUACUGGAGAGACUCAAAACCAGAGACAGAUUAUUCCAAUAUGGAGUGUGUGCUGAUAACUUAUGUCCUCUUUGUGGUAAUUAUGUUGAAAUAUGUGCACACUUGUUUUUUGACUGUGUGUACAGCAGGAAAUUCUUGGCUGAUCUCAUGGCUUGGCUGGGUCUCAGCACCCACAGAACCUCUGUGGUUUUGAUCAUGUAA